CGUUCAAAAGGAACUGAAAACUGUACCAGGCCACUCCUUUUUUAAAAAUUUGUCUCAUAAACUCCUUCCUCACUUCGUCUCCUGUCUUUCACCAUCAUGGCUUUCGCUGGGAAAUAUGAGCUGGAGAGUCAAGACAACUAUGUGGAGUUUCUGGAAGUAAUUGGGCUUCUCAGUGCCAAGACGGAUCACAAAGUGGUAACGGAGGUGGUUCAGGAUGGAAACGACUUCACCUGGACACAGACCAUUCCCAACUGGACCUGGUCCAAUAAGUUCACGGUCGGUCAGGAAUGUGAGCUGGCAACAAUGAAGGGCGCCAAAUUCAACGCUCCUGUCACUAUGGAAGGCGACAAGAUUUCCGUUCAGUUUCCUCAGUACCUCUUCACAGCAGAGAUCAUUGAGGAUAAGCUGGUCAUGAUGUGCAUAACUCCAGGAGAAAAGGGUGUGUCUUUCAAAAGAAUUAGCAAGAGGAUCUAAUGCUGCGAGACUCAACAUGCUUCAAUAAAAGAGGCUGCAUACGGGAGGUAAUUAACAUGAAAAAGCUUGCUCCAAUUAUGAAGCAAGAGCAAUAAAGUAUAACCAUCUGUAGUGAGGAGCAGAGUGGGACAUCUUGACUUCACACAGAUCUUACUUAAAGGGACAGUGUAUAACAUUUAGGAGGAUGUAUUGACAGAAAUGGAAUAUGAUAUUAAUAAAUACGUUUUCUUUAAUGUAUAUUCACCUGAAAAUAAUAAUCGUUGUGUUUUGUGUUAGAAUGAGCCGUCUAUGUCUACAUGGACCUCCUGGCACUUGGUUGUAAUCUAAAACCAACUAGAUGCCAUCACACACUGCUGAUCCUACACACUGCUCCUUUAAUAGAAGAGGUGAAACUAUUUACUGUAUUUCUACAAGGAUGAAGUAAUUUACCUGUAGUGUCCAUAUUUGAUCCAAAAUAAAUCACAAAAUACAGAUUGUUUUGUCAAGCAAUACUGGGAUUUUCUUUCACUUGUUUCACACCAUUUAAUAAAAACGACUUUAUAAUCUA